UGUUAUCGACAUUGCAAAAAUAAAAAUCGUAUUUUGGCAUUGAUUUUGUUUAUUUGCGGGGAAAAUGCAGAUUAGCCAUCGAAAAGCGCCGCAAAAUGUAACGAAACAGGCGAGCACCUAGCUGCAGACCCAAGAUGAUACCCUGGAUGCGCGAGAAGUUCAACGAGAAACGGGCCAAGUGGCUGGCGCGCAGCAAGAGGAGCGGUGGCUCCCCUGCGGACGAAAGUCCUCGGAGCAGUAGCCACAGUCACAGCCAGCGGACGGGGACAGAUGCCAGCGAUGCGGAGAGCCUCAGCCUCAGCGGAUCCUCGCUGAAUGUCCACACGGCGGAGUCGGAGACGCAGACGGAUGGCGGGAUAGCCGGCUCCCAUUCCCGGCCUCUCGUGGGCGGCGGCGGCUGCGUCCUGAGGACUCCAUCGCCCGCCCGCCGUCGUCGCAUGCACCUGGAACUGCAGCUACAGCGCCGGGAGGAGCGAACAGGGCAGCAGGUGGCACCCCAUGACUCGCCCACGCCCACUCAACAGCAGCAGGCCCAUGCUUUGUUCCUCAGAAAAUCAUCUCACAAUCGGCCCAAUUCCUCCACUUCUGCUGGCGAGGCAGACGAUGCCAACAAGCCGGGUGAGUCGAUCAUGGUGCGGGUAAUCUGCCCCAGCUCGCGGGUUCUGGUCUUCAAGACGGACGUUAACAAGCGCCUCAACGAGCUGAAGAGCGAGGUGAUCCUGGAACUCAGCGACGAUCCCGAAUCCAUCCAGCUGUUCGCCCCGGACGUGCGGCACUUAAACCCGCGAUAUCGUCUCUACCGGGCGGAAUACUUUGGCGGCGAAUUGAACGAGGGGGACACUCUGGCCCAGCUUAAAGUGCGCAACAAUGAAACGUUUAUCUUGUCUCCACGGCGCAACACUCUGCCGCAAACUGUAUCGCGGAUCCGUGAGGUACCCGGCCCCAAUGAGCAGUUGGUGGAAAGCGCCACGCGAUAUGUGCCCGUCAACUGCAACCAGCUGCCCACCAUCGACAUCAAUGAGAUCUUUCAGCAGUCAAAUAUACAAUACGAUGUGCGAAAGGUGCUAAUAUCCCUGGCACAGGCCUCGGCGGCGGUAAUAGGUGCGGGUCCCUAUGCACCGCGACUGAUAGCCAUGCUGAAACAACGUUUGAUUAACCGGCGUAAUCAGCAGGCCGAUACGCUACAGUGCCUGGUGGACAUGGGUUUCAAACGGGAGCUGGCUGCAUUUGCCUUGAAGGCCAACAAUGGCAUUUACUCGACCACGAUGGAGUGGCUGAUACAGAACCAAAACGAGGAAAACCCACAGGAACCUCCGGCCAUGAACAUGCAGCACAGUCUAUCUUCCAUCUCGCCAUCUACGAUAGUCACCAAUAAUGAAACCAUUGAAAACACCGCCGCCUUGAUCGAGAUUGUGCGAAUCUACAGCCAUCGGGAUUCACCCCCCAGCGAUGAGAUUGUGGAAUCGCUUACUGAAAUGGGUUUCGAGGAGACGGCAGUACUGGCGGCGCUGAAGAAGACUGGUAACAACAAGGCCUCUGCUUGCGAAUGGUUGUGCGACAAUCGCUCGGGCAGCGUUAUUGAGUUGCGCGAGGGUUUGGCGCCCGAUUCGCCCAUCCUAAAGGUGAUUCUGGAAAUGCCACAGGUCCAGAUGACCCUUAGCAAUCCGAAGACUUUUCUGGCAUUUCUGGGCAUACUGGAGAACGAGCAUGCGAUACGCGUGUGGCGUGGCGACAACGACACAACCUCGGUCAUCACACAUAUCCUGCAAAAGUACCAUGAGGAGAAGCAUGUGCUGGGCAUCAACCAGUUCUACACGAACCGCUGGUGAACGGUGCCGCUAAGUGGCUUUAUUAUGAGAUUAACCAAAUUAUAUUUAUACAUAUACCUACACAAUCACACAACCGAAGUGCAUGGGUGUAGCUUGGUCCAUUUUGGGGCCCACAUUAUACAUUGUGUAUGUGCCCAUAUGUAAAGAGUAUUUUUGUAGCCAAAAACCAUACGAGUAAAACUGCACAAAGCCAAAGUUGCUAUCGCUUCGCCAAGAGCACGCGACUGCACUACAAACGCUUACCGAUCAGUACGAAAUGCAUUAUAUAUAUACACAUAAAUAUAAAUAGGAACUAGUUCUAGUCAGGCCUUCAUCCUACGAUUCUAUUAGGCUAAACACAUACUCUAUUCAUCUAGUUUGCUAGCUCAUCUUCAGCCGAAUCUCGCACUACACCUAGAAAAUGUGUCAUACUGCAUCCCACAGAUACAUACCAUCAGUUUUAAGCGCGUAAACUUGUGGUGAUUUCAGUGCGUUGUAAUGACAGGUUGUUGAAAAUGCCGCCUGCGAAACCAUCAACUCAAAGUAUUAUUUUGUAAACCAA